AACAUGGACGCAACCCAAGAACUCUCCUUAGUCCCAACAGUCCAACUUCAACAGAAGUACUGGGUGACAGAAGAUAGUAAAGCCAAAUUGCUGAUGGUUGGUGCCAAAUGUUUGGAUAUAGUCAGUCACAGGGAACGCUAUUAUGAUACUACUUCAGAUGACUUAGCAAUGGCUCAAUUGUGGCUUAGUCAAAAAAAUCAACAGUGGUGUCUUAUAUUAGAACCUCAGGAGCAAGUAGUUAAAGAUAAUACUGCAAACCCCGGUCCUGAGGUAUGGGAGCUUUCAUGCCAGAACAAAACAGAAAAUGGUCAGGCUGCUAAUCCUGCUCUCUACAAAAGCGCCCAAGAAAAGAGGCAAAUACAAUUUGAACCUAACGACCAAAAUGACCACCAACAUGAUUUGAAUAAAAUGGAGAGAACAUAUGUAUGUGCAACAUCUAGCUCCGCAUAUAAUGAACUAGUGGGGGAGAGAGAAAUAAUUACACAUCUGGCAGACUUUCUUCACAUAGAUUUGAAACCUGAGGAAGAAGGUAACAUCACCAUGGAAGACUUUCUGCAGAAGGCUGGUAUCCAGCAAUACGCAAGCAAUCAUAUUGUUAAUCAAACAACAUAUAUGCUGUGUAACCAGUACAUGAUUAUAAUUCAAAGGGAUGAAAGCUCUUUGAAGGAGUCUGCAACUGUACUCUUAGAUGUGGAUAUUUUAAAUAUUUGCAGAGGCUUUGAAGAAAUUGAAAAGUUAGCGAAUUACUUGAAAUUUGAACAUCAGGCAGUUCAAAGUGAACAAGAACGGUCCAUUUAA